UAAGUUCUGUUUCUAUAGAUGGUCCAAUGGGUUCCCCUAUAAUGAUCAUUUCUUCUACCUCAGUCAUUAACUGGGACACAAGGACAUCAUCUCCUUCGCUCAUCAACAUUAUUUUAAAGGAUGUGAAAAAACAGACUUUGCGUCCGAGAAUUAAAACAAAAAGUACAUUUUUCCCCCCAAAACGAAGCCAUUUUGCCAACGUUGGUUUUACCAACAAAUGAACCUUCUCAUUGUGCUGCUAGUGGCGGGGGCACCCGUGUGGUACAGUCCGGUCUCACUUGGUACAGUCCGGUCUCACGUGGUACAGUCCGGUCUGACAGGAGAGUUGAUUUGGGGGGAGAAACUACAAGCGACAGGGAUGAAAUAAACAAAGGUGGGAGAAUGAAUGUCUCGCCCCCGGUGUAAAGCCUGAAGUAAUAUUUGCCAAAUAACAAGCGUUAGGCGUGAGAGACUGAUGGGACGUUAAGACACAAAAGCGGCUCCACAACUUCACCUCAGAUGCGCUUUGAUCACCUGUCUAACCGCUCACCUCUGCCCCAAGCCACCGCGCUCUGUCCAACGCCCUCGCUGAUUGGUUGCUGAGGGAGUAAGGAUGACGCGGAUUGGGCGGACUCCCCCGGGCAGCUCUGGUAAAGCGUCGCGUUGUAUUUGAUUCCAGAGAGUCAGUUGGAGGCGCGUUGCUGCAGCAGCAAAUUCCCCCGGGCGCCGAUACUUACGGCUUGUUCUUAUUACUGAGCGACUGCGACUUUCUCUCGUCGUCUGCUUCGUGUUUGGAUUUGGUUUUUCCCGAUCUGCUGAGACUCCAGUGACGGAGUGAAGUGAAUCCCGGGACCCCCCCCGCCGCGUAUUUGGGCUGCUCCGAGUCCGCUCAUUACUCGCUGUGUUGGACGUCGGGACUUUGGGCACCUGUGGGGGAGGCGGCUGCCGAGUGAUGAAUCCGGGGGGACAAUGAUCCGAUUUGGAGACGACUCAGGAGUCCAGAGAAAUCGGCCGCAUCGUCCGGACACACACGGUAUGAGAAAUGAGUGUUGGAAGGAGAAGAUUAAAACUGGUGGGGAUACUCACGAUGGUGAAUCUCUUCAUCUACGUUAUUGUGGAAGUAUCAAGAAGCGACAGCCAAGACAAAAAUGCAGACGGACAAGUUUUGAUACCAAGUGGCAAAUUCUGGAAAAAACGCUCUGUCAGUAAAGCUUAUUGGAAUAGAGAACAACAAAAGCUAGACAGAUUGUAUAACCCAAUCUUAAAUUUGCUAAAUACCAGUACUGUGGAAGAAAUGGUAGCUUCCAAUACAAGCAUGUCCGACUCCUGUGACAUGGAUACAAGUAUCCAGGCGGAAGUUAAAGAUUUUGCGCAACUGCCAGACCGAUUUAAAGAUUUCUUUUAUUAUAUAAAAUGUAGGAAUUACUCUUUGUUGUUGGACCAACCAAACAAGUGUGCGGAUAAGCCUUUUCUUCUAUUGGCCAUAAAAUCUUUAAUUCCUCAGUUUGAUCGAAGGCAAGCAAUACGAGAAUCUUGGGGCAAGGAACUGAAAAUAAAUAACAUGACAGUUGUAAGAGUGUUUCUCUUGGGAGAGACCCCGCCAGAGGAAAACUACCCUGAUCUUUCAGGCAUGGUUAAAUAUGAAAAUGAAAUGUAUAAGGACAUACUUCUUUGGAACUAUAAGGACUCCUUCUUUAAUUUAACACUGAAAGAUGUUCUCUUUCUCAGGUGGGCAAGCCAUUCUUGUUCUAAUGCCCAGUUUAUCUUUAAAGGGGAUGAUGACGUUUUUGUGAAUACUCCUCUGAUCCUGGAUUACUUGAAAACGUUGUCUCCAGAAAAAGCCAAAGAUUUAUUUAUAGGUGAUGUAAUAAGGGAUGCUGGACCUCACAGAGAAAAGACUUUGAAAUACUACAUUCCUGAAAGUAUAUACACAGGCUCCUACCCUCUGUAUGCAGGUGGUGGUGGCUUCCUAUAUUCUGGCUCUAUAGCCCAGAGACUCUACAAAGCUUCUUCUAAGGUUCUGCUAUAUCCUAUUGAUGACGUGUACACGGGAAUGUGCCUCGAAAAAAUUGGCAUUGCCCCAGAAAAACACAAAGGCUUCAAGACAUUUGAUAUUGACGAGAAGCAGAAGAAAAGCAUUUGCUCCUACACAAACAUAAUGUUAGUACAUCCCAGGAAGCCUCAAGAAAUUAAUAAGAUUUGGUCGAUGCUGCAAGACUCUCAGUUAAACUGUUAGCAUGGAGAAAUGACGUGCCUCUGAAUUCAAUCCUGUAUUUGCACUGCAAUUUUGGGGGGAGCUUGUGCAGACAGCACAUGUCUGAAUGUUUCCCAAGAUUUCUGACCGCUCUUUGUUCAGUGUCGUCUCUUUCCUUAUGUAAACCAAUUCUGUACAUUUUGUUUUUUUGUGUCUGCGAUAGAGAUGGGAAAAAAAUAUAUCCCCUAUUGUACGAUAUAAACAUAUUACAAGUCACGGUGACGUUAAACGACCAGAUAAAAACACAAGACUUUAACACUAGUCAUGAAACUAUUCUUAUUUUACAACAGGGGAUAUACAAGUUUCACUAAGUCAUGUGACACAAUGACAUCACUAAGCACCAAUAAGAACAAUUACAUCACCAAAGUAUUGUUUAUAAGGAUAUAUUUUAUAGGUUAUUCAUUUACAUACACAUAUCAUUUUAACCUUAUAAUAUUACUAUACAAACGGGCUGUCUUAAUGUUAUGUUCCAAGUUCUUGUCUCAUCAUAUGUUUCAACGUGCAUUCUGGGGGGUUUUUUGUGUGUUUUUUUUUUUUAUUAAUAGAGACGUUUUUAAAAUGAAACAAAGCUUGAAGAAAGGUCUUUUCUAACGGGUGCAAAGCUAGAAUGUACUGCUUAGUGAACUGAAUCUUACCCUGAACUUACUCUGAGAUAUUCUAAGACUUUGUUCACGGUAGUAUGUAUAUUUUAUGCAGAGCAUUCGUCAAUCCUCUAAACUGUGAGUUAAUUUAAAAAAAAAUUAGUUGUAUUAGCGAGUGCUGGCUAAAGGAGAACUAAAUUGUUCUAGUAUGGCCGUCAUUUGCGUGUCAUUGCACUGAACAUUCUCUGGGCUGCUGUUCAGAGCUUCGCUUAAUGGGUCCUUGGAAAUCCGCAAAACAUUAGCAGAAUGUGAGGUUACAUCUGUAAUAGAAGAUAAUGGUACAAAACUAAUGCAGAAUGCACAGUAGAAAAAUUGGAACUGCUGGAUAUCUUUGAGGGAACAGAUCUUUACUACUAAAGGGCGGUGAUGGCCUUUAACUGGUACAGAGGCUAAAAACAAAAAGGUGUAACAUUUGUACUUUGUUUAUCUUUUAAAGUAAUAAUCUAUUCUAUCUAUUCACACUAGUGGUGUUAUAUAAAAAGACACGAAGGGGCAUGUUUAACAUUGGAGACAAACAUCCCCUGUGAUGUCACCCAUAGCAGCCUGUUGUAGGUGACCACAUCUCAUUGGUUGCUAUGGGCAACAUCACUGGUGAUGUUUGUCUCCAAUGUUCAUAAAUACACCCCAGGUGCAGUAACCUAUAGCAACCAGUCAACAGUUUGAAAGCAAACUUCUGACUGGUUGCUAUGGGUUAUUGCCUAAUACUACAUGCUGGGGUGAGAAAGCAAUUUGUGCACCUUAGUGAAUGUGAAAUUAACUGUAGCUGUUUCACACAACAAUGAUAACAAAGUGUAUAAUCAACUUGUGCAUAGCCCUUCAUAACACAUUAUCCUGCACCAGUUGCCUUUAAAUGUACUUGCUGUGUAAGAUUCCAGAAUCCAUACAUAUUAAUCAGUACUUAAUCAAUCAUUAGAGACCGGGCAAUAGUUAAUGAAGCCGAUGUUCGCGGUUAGAUAGACAUCCAUUAGAUCAGGGCUGCUCAAAAGCUCCAGAGGCGUCACUGUAGGACAUUUUUAUUUAAUCUGGCCCUCAAACAUGCUAUAUGAGAAAUAAUUAGGCCACUACAUUUAAUUAGUUGGACAGCACUACAUUAGAUUAUUGGAGGUGUCUGAAUUGGGCCCCAGUUUCUCUGUGAUACUGUACAUAAUAACAGUCAACAAUCUAUCUGUGUUUUUCCUUGUGGCUCACAAACAGCGACUCUUCAUACCAAUGUUUCCCAUCUAAACUUUAUUUCCACUCCAUUUUCCACUUACAUGGAUUUCAUUUGUGGCUUCUUUCAUGCCAUGUACAUGGUGCUGAUGUACAGUAAAUAGACCCUUCUAUAAAUGACUGCCUUGCUAAAAAUUGUCACGCUUUCUCCAGUGCAACUUCUGAUCCAGCCCACAAGAUACAAACUUAGAAGCUGAAAGGAAGAUUAUUUUUGUCUGACAUGAUAAAAUAAAAUGUCCUCUGUGCUCUUUUUUUCUUUUUUUUUACCUUUUCCAGGCAGGGUGCUGUAUUUUGUUAUUUAAAUGUGUUUACUCUCUGACUUGCUGGUAGACCAGUGUUUUCAUCAGGGCAUUUUGCUGAAUGAUUUACGUCUUUAAACAGGGGUAUUCCCUGAUUAUAAGACUGUAUCUGUCACAUAUAUAUAUUGUAAAUAAACGUUAAAUCAAUUGGUCCA